UGUGUAACAUCUAACCGGUCCCCCCCCGUCUGUUCACACUGAAACUGGAAGCUGUGCGGGAUUGUGGGGAGUACACACACCAAACUACUUCCAAGAUGUCUGACAUGGAGGAUGACUUUAUGUGCGAUGAUGAGGAAGACUAUGACUUGGAAUACUCUGAAGACAGCAACUCUGAGCCAAAUGUAGAUUUGGAAAAUCAGUACUACAAUUCCAAAGCAUUGAAAGAGGAUGAUCCUAAAGCAGCACUCAGUAGCUUCCAGAAGGUAUUGGAACUGGAAGGUGAAAAGGGUGAAUGGGGAUUCAAAGCACUCAAGCAGAUGAUUAAAAUCAACUUUAAGCUGGGUAACUAUCCAGAAAUGAUGAACAGAUAUAAGCAGCUGCUAACAUACAUCCGGAGUGCAGUUACAAGAAAUUAUUCAGAAAAAUCAAUCAACUCCAUCCUUGAUUAUAUAUCUACUUCUAAGCAGCAGCAGAAGUCGAUGAAGAGGCAGGUUAGCAGCGGGGAAAUCGCAGAAACGGACCUGAAAGCUUGCUUUGGCGGGGAAGCUGAAUCUAAGAUGGACUUAUUGCAAGAGUUUUAUGAAACUACCCUUGAAGCUUUAAAAGACGCAAAAAAUGACCGAUUAUGGUUUAAGACGAACACAAAGCUUGGCAAGUUAUAUUUGGAAAGAGAAGAGUUUGGAAAGUUACAGAAAAUAUUACGUCAGCUCCACCAGUCAUGCCAGACUGAUGAUGGUGAGGAUGAUUUGAAGAAAGGGACACAACUUUUAGAAAUUUAUGCUCUGGAGAUCCAAAUGUAUACUGCACAAAAGAAUAAUAAGAAAUUAAAAGCACUAUAUGAGCAGUCCUUGCACAUCAAAUCUGCCAUUCCUCAUCCACUUAUCAUGGGUGUCAUCAGAGAAUGUGGAGGUAAGAUGCAUUUAAGAGAAGGAGAGUUUGAAAAGGCCCACACUGACUUCUUCGAAGCAUUCAAGAAUUAUGAUGAAUCAGGAAGCCCCAGGCGUACCACUUGCCUAAAAUAUUUGGUUUUGGCUAACAUGCUGAUGAAGUCAGGAAUUAAUCCCUUUGAUUCUCAGGAGGCCAAACCCUACAAAAAUGAUCCAGAGAUUCUUGCAAUGACAAAUUUAGUAAGUGCCUAUCAAAAUAAUGACAUCACUGAAUUUGAGAAGAUUCUGAAAACCAAUCACAGUAACAUCAUGGAUGACCCCUUUAUAAGAGAACACAUAGAAGAACUAUUGAGGAACAUCAGAACCCAAGUCUUGAUAAAAUUAAUAAAGCCUUACACUAGAAUACAUAUACCAUUUAUUUCAAAGGAGUUGAACAUAGAUGUAGCUGAUGUAGAGAGCUUGUUGGUGCAGUGCAUACUGGACAACACUAUUCAUGGGCGGAUUGAUCAAGUCAACCAACUUCUUGAAUUAGAUCAUCAGAAGAGAGGUGGAGCCCGAUAUACUGCAUUAGAUAAAUGGACCAAUCAGCUUAAUACACUCAACCAAGCAGUUGUCAGUAAAUUGGCUUGAUUCAAUUUAAGCUUCUACAGUAAUACAAUAUGGAAAAGAUGCAGUGAUGUAAACCUUAAAAACUGAGAAUGGCUGAAGUGUUGCCGUUGGUUGGCCCUGAAAACUACCAGAGCAAUGGCAGAAGUGCUUUUUGAUGAACUGGUUCGUGUUUUGUUGCUGCAUUUGUCCCAAGACCACAGCUUUAAUCUGAAGAAAACCAAACUGCUGCAGGAUUUAUGGUGUAUUGACAUUGUGUCCUCCAUCAUAAGGGAAUUGACCGUCAGAGAGCUGUUUGUGUCAUAAUUUAAAAACACAGACUCUUCACUUUGACAUCUAAGUAUUUUAUCAGUUAAAAAAAAACUCACUGAAAUGUUAAACAAAACUUGCAAUAAUUUGAUAUGCGUACUGGUUUUUGAAGAUGCAUUCUUUCAUGUAUGAUUUGGCAUGUUUGCGUCUUUCUGCAAAAUGUCACGUCAACUUCCAAGUUAUGUGGCCCAUGAGUUUUCUGUACCUGCAGUGUAGUAAAAAUUAAGACAGGAACCUUCUUCUGUGGCAUACUGUCACAUCAGGUUUAAAGCAGCAAAAUAAAAUACAGCUCGGAAAUGGGAAAUGCUGUAAUUUUGGAGUGCUUCCAUUUGUUUUUUUUUCCUCAACAAUUCAUAUGAAAACCAUGCACAUAUUCCAUUUCUUUGGCCCCAGUAGAUCCACAUAUAUUGUGAAGUAGAGCAUUUAUUCAGACAAGGCAGGAAUAUGUUUCUCAACAAAAAAAACCUUAAAUUUUUGUCCAGUUCCCAAUUAGUAUAUGAGCUAAUCAAAGUACUUAUAACUGAAAGCACAUCAUUGAGUAGUUUAUAUUCUGACAAUACAUGUCUUGUGGGAUUUGUGUGCAUUCAACCUGUGCAAAGCUUUAAUUGGCUGAAGCUGUUUGACUGCAAUUAUUCUUGAGGGUGCUGCCUGGAUGAAUAGUCAAAAUACAGCACUUUGAUUUUGGACAUUAAGACUCGCUUUGUUUUUUUCUUAAUAUGUCUUUUACUGAUAAAUCAAAAAAUAAACUAAUUAUCACAAUCAUUCAGUACUCAACAUAUUGUUACCCGAGUUGGGAUGGACAAAUCUUAAGUUCUUCUGUGUUCUGCCCAUUUAUUUCCUGGUUAUUUGUCUUGGAUGAAGAAUAACCUUAAUUUUAUAAUAUUCACAUUUGAGGCAUUCAUUUUUUAUAUUUUUUCUAAACAUUUCAUUAUUUCCAUUGCAUGCUAUAACCUAUUUAAAAUAAGGUGUCCUUUUCUGAGGCAAAGUUUUAACUUAUCUUGAACUGUGCUAAGCAUGAUGUAUGCUACUGUUAAUUUUGGUUAUGAAAUUGGCAUUCCUGUUCUAAUUAAUUUAACGGAAGAUAAAUGUACAUGAUUACAGAUUCAGAUAGUUUAUAUAUGAUGUGCUAAGUUGCAAAUGAAUUUAUGAUACAUAAUGUAUUUCAUAACAUGCUUGAGAGAACUUUCUAUAAAGACACCAGACUGUUGACCUGGAAUGAUCUGAGCUUCCCGGGUCUUGGAACACUACAUUUAUAUUUUGUAUUUAAAAUCUUUAAUUUAUCGUUUACAACCAAAAGGAAUAUGCCCAAGCUGAAAGUUUUUUUCUAGUAUUUUCAGCAACAUUAAAAUUUAUAAUUUUACAUUGAAUGUUUAGCUUUGCAUUAAUAGUUCUGCAGCUAUUUUUUUUAAUAUAUAUGUAUAGGUGUUGUGCUAUGGGCUUGAGCAUGAGGACUUUAAUUUCCAAAGGAUUGAUUUCCAUUUAAAAAAGAAUGGAUUUAAUUUAAUCAAAACCACACAAGUGGUUUUGGUAUUGUUUGCCUUUUUACAAGUUUUGCUUCCUUUAAGUGGAAAUUCCUAUACAAAAUGGAAACUUGGUAGAAGCAAUGAUUUUUAAAACUACAGCAUCAGGUAACUUUUAAAGUAGAAGUGAUAGACAUGCAAAUAUGGAACUGACCAAUCAACUGCAUGUCUAUUCCAGAAGAAAGACUGCAGUGAUCAGUCCUGCCAUCAGAGUCAGUUCUCUUACUUAUCAAGAAUACCUCAAGACUUGUGUAAAAUAAUCCUCCCCUGCAGUCAGACCGGAAGAUAUGAUUAAUCUAAAACUUGAUAUAAUCCAGUCAUGCUAGCACAUAAAUUAUAACAUUUGUCUAACAAUAAUUUCAUUUUAUUAUUUACUGAAAAAAAUGGGUUUGAGGUAUAUGACUAGAAAGUAGUGAAAUCAUAGAUGCUUUAACUACAAGUUACCCCUUUAUUUUUAGGAUAUGCUGUGCACAUGGCAUAUACACUCAGUAGCCACUUUAUUGGGUACACCGAUCUGGUUGAUAUAAAUAUCAAAUCAGCCAAUUAUGUGAUAGAAACUCGAUGCAUAAAAUAAUGCAGACGUGAUUCAGUUGUUUAGACUAAACAUUAGAAUGGGGAAGAAAUAUGAUCUAAGUGACUUUGACCACGAAAUGAGUGUUGGUGCCAGACAGGUAUAUCAGGAACAGCUGAUCUGGGAUUUUUCUCUCGAGUUUACACUCCAGUGAGCAGCAGUUCUGCGGGCAAAAUCACUUUUUGUUAAUGAGCGGUCAAGUUGAAUAGCCAGAUUGGUUCAAGCUGACGGAAAGGUGACAGUAACUCAGAUGACCUCGUUUUACAACAGUGGUGUGCAGAAGAGCGUCUCUGAAUGUACAUGUCGAACCUUGAAGUAGAUUGGCUACAGCAGCAGAAGGAGGUAUCUAAUAAAGUGGCUACUGAGUGGUUUGUAAUUAAGUUAUAGUACUGCAAAAUGCUUCCUUUCUACAGUUGAAAUACAUGGUAUUUCUGACAUUUUUAAUUAUCAUGUACACAAGCAAGAUGAAUUAAUUGUGGUCCUGAGUUUGUAAUAGUCUUGUGGACAUGAACUUGUUCGAUGUUUUUAUUAUUUAUGAUUAGAUGUAACAUCUGUCCCUUUAUCAGUCAAAUUCUUAAAAUACUAAGGUAAAACAUUCAGGUUUAUCUACUGUACAAUUGACAAUACUAAAGAGCUCUUGAUACUCAAUUCAAAGAAGGCUGCACUAUUUCAGACUACUGUAACUUGCUGUUUUUCUCUCACUAUUUGCAAUCAUGUUUUUUUUCCAUUGCAUAGUUACUUCAAAAUAUUUUGUGUAUCAUUCAAAAGGUUUCAUACAUUGAAUGAAACCUACUUACACCCAUUGUUGAUGUCAUGUUAGCACUUAGCAAUGAAUGGACUUUAAAAGGCUAUAAAGCCAGAAGAUGGAUCAAGAAUUCUGGAAGUGAGAGAAAGGAUCCAGUGUCUAGAGUUUAAAAAACGGGAAAAUAAUAUUGCUUGAAUAUGGUACCAGAGCACUCUCUUCUGGCAAGGUAGUAUAUUGCAUGAAGAAAACCAAAUUAUUCUCUUGUAUCUACUGCACUAUUUGUAUUUUGCAUUUUCCAUGAAGGUGCAUUAAUGACUAUCAUUAAUUUGCAUUUAGGUUAGAGUAAAAUUAAACUUUGUAAAGAUUAUAAUUAAGACAAAAGACAAGUAGCAUCAGUACUGUUUGCCAGAAUAAGAAACGAGGUACCUAAACAUCGAGCAGAAACUACUUCAAAAACCACUGUGAUUCAUUAUAAAUCAUAAAGAGCAAUAUUAAUCCUCUUAAUCACAUUGAUCAAGACUUCAACUAAUAUCUGUGACUACAAUUAUCAGCAGUAAAUGCUGGUUCUGUGUAGUAAUAAUCUAUAAAUUGUGUAAAUUGUCUAUAUCCAACCUCGCAUCAGAUGACACUCUCCUCAGAAAAACUUGUCUGCAUUUCACAAUGGCAGUUUGAGUUGCUGACUGAUCAAUAUUUGCAGCUCUGUUUCAUUAAAUGCCUGAACUUUGGCCCUAGUUGGAUGCAGGAACCUAUACCACAUUUGUGCGGCUUUAACCAGAGAUCUUGUUCAUCAGUUUCUGAUGGGCUGUGAACAUAAUUCAAUUUUAAGAAUACAUUGCUCUAUUGCAGAUGAUGACCAUAUAAUUUGCACAGAAGGGUGUUUUCGACAAGUCAAGGGAAUAACAUAAGCAGAGGAUUAGAUGAUAUUUUAACUAAAGGAGAGGGUGAUAAAGUUUGUGCAAUAAUGGCAAGAGCCACUGAAUCAGUUGCAUAUAGAACACAGAAAUAGACCUUUUCAACCACCCGUUUACAUAUUAAUCCAAUUUCUAUUCUCUCUUCCUCCCCUCACCCACAUAUAUAUGCGCGCGCACACUCGUCAACCUGUCAUUUGCUCACAAGGGCCAAUUUAUAGUGAUUUAAUGACCAGUGAAACCCCACAGGAUCACAGGAAGAAUGUACCAAAGUUCACACACAACUUCACCCAAGAUCAAGAUUAAACUUGGGUCUCUGGUGCUCUGAGGUUCAGCCUCAUUCAAACUGCCAUAAUGAUGAUAGCACCUGCACUGGUCUGAAAGAAGACUGCUGAGAAAGAUGCAGCAAUGUGGUAUCUGCUAGUUUUGGGGAACUUCUGGCACUGAUUUU